UUGUAUCAAAGAGAAAAUUGCAUAACCAAAGAACCAAAAGAAAAAAGAAAAAAAGAAAAGCAAUACCCAAUUCCGAAAAUAAUGGAGAAAGAAGGUCUUGGACUUGAAAUUACAGAGCUCAGAUUGGGUCUACCAGGUGGUAGUGCGCCAAUUUUAGUGGACAAGAAUGAAAAGAAGAGGGUGUUCUCAGAUAUUUCCGGUGAUCUUGACAAUAGCUCCACUGACUGGAAAUUAACUCAAACAAAGAACCAAACUGUGGGGUGGCCUCCAGUGUGUUCAUACAGGAGAAAGAAUAAUUUUCAAGAGAAAGAUCGCCUUGAAACAUCGAAAAUGUAUGUGAAAGUUAGCAUGGAUGGGGCACCUUUUCUGCGCAAAGUUGAUUUGAGCAUGCACAAAGGUUACUCGGAUCUUGCGGAAGCAUUGGAGAAGCUCUUCGAUUGCUUUGGCAUUGGCGAAUCAUUAAAGGAUAUGGAGAAUUCUGAACAAGUUCCCAUUUAUGAAGACAAAGACGGCGACUGGAUGCUAAUGGGAGAUGUUCCCUGGGAGAUGUUUAUUGAAUCAUGCAAGAGGCUUAGGAUCAUGAAGAGAUCAGAAGCCAAGGGUUUUGGACUGCAGCCAAAGGGUUCCGAUCAUAAAGGAAAUUCAAAAGAUGUGGCUAAAUAAAUAAUGGCUCGAGAAAGAAUUUAACCACAUUUCUAUGUCUCUCCUAAAUGUUUUUUCAGUUUAAUUGAUGCUGGUUUAUUUAUUUGGUUAAGCAGACACUUCUUUGUUUUAAAUCACGAAUGUGAUAGUUAUUUUGGUGUAAUUCAAUCUGGGAUAGGACCCUAGAUAGAAAAGAUAUAUAUAUAUGUUGUCUCGUCAUAAUUGACGUACUAUUAAUGUAUGUUCUUAACUACAAUGACAAUUUGUUCUUUAUUGUGGAUUAUU